GCACAGCUUUCUGCGUACGUCUGACACCAGCGCCUCUCCUCUCCCUUUCUUAUUUUUCUACUAUCUCAGCGGUGAGGUGUUCUCCGCGAAUUAGAGGGGUUCCAUUGAGAACGGAAACUAAUCUCUGCCCUCUUUCUUUCUUUGCCGAAUCUUGUCGUGAGCGCGUUUGUUGACGUGUGCGUAGUUGUUUUCUCGCCCCCCUUCGUCGUGGACUUCUAGUUCUUGUUCUUGUUGCCGCCUCCAGACUCUAAAUUCUGUUUUGCCAACAGCUGCUCUUUCUUUCGUCUGCUCUUCUCGCUGAUUUAUUUAGUGUUCUCUUUCUUUGUGGCGCGUUCGCUGCUCCGUACGCUUCUGAUACGCACACGUCCUACUUGCGAAGCCCUUCUUGUGUUUUUCCGCUUCUGCAUUUCACCAACUCUCUACAUUUGUUUACCAUUUGUCUGGACGAGAGCGCCAGCGUCUCUGGUUUUGUUGUUGCUGUGGAGCAAGGGUUAGGCGCAGAAACGACAGAAGCACUCGAAGCCAAGUAGGAAGCACUCUUUUAAGCUCUAAACAGAGUUUUGGUUUCUCAUCUGCACGCACCUCUAAACACUUGACGGUAAUCAAUGACCGCAGUUUACAUUGUGUGGACGGUGAUCUUCUCCGUUCUGGCCCUCGUGGCCAGUGUAGCGGCCUACCGCUACUACACAAAGGAGUCCAUCAAGUACAUUCCUCUCAUGUGUGCCAUCUGGCACGUAAUUUCCGUGUACAUGUGUGUCUUACCUUUUCCGCUGCUCGUGCUGGACGUGGACGCAUCCCUCACAGCACAAACGCGGCCGGGCGACGCGCAGGGCUGGAUGCGCUACUUCUGGAUCACCAUCUUCGCCGCCACAUACUUCUGCGCCUGGGUUUCGCUCCCUGUUUGCCAGAUGUACACGGAAGUCGGCGAGUUCAGCGUGAAGGGGCGCAUCAUGCACUCGAUCAAGCUGAACCUGAUCCUAUACGCCAUCAUCAUCGUGGUGAUCGUUGCCGCCCUCGUGUACUUUGUUAUCAUCACCAACUCGUACCACUCCGUGGCCAACGUGUUGAAGGUGGUCAUCUCCUUGGCCAAUGCGUGGGGUCUCCUAAUUCUCACCCUCUUUAUGCCGGCCGGCCUGGUCGGGGUGCCACGCAUGCUCUACCGCUACGCCGACGCCAAGCGCUUGCUGCGGCGACGCCUCUAUGAGGCCACCGACAUCCAAGAGGACCUGGACCUGGCCGCGAUGGACCUCGCUGCGAUCAAGUCAGAGCUGAUCAGCAUUGACCCGCAGGUCUCCGACGAGAACCGGCCGCACCUGACCUCCAUGCUGGAGCUGAUCUCAAAUGCCGAUCGCGAGGUGCCGAUGUACCACAUCGCGGCGCAGCGUGUCAAGGCCUCGCCGUCGAACGACAACGGCGACGUGUCGCUCGAGCACUUGGUGGAGCUGAACGCCCGCCUGAAGAAGGCGAUUAAGGUGGUGAACCGCACGAAUUACCGCUGGACGUCGACCGUGCGUAAGUGCGACUCGCUCGAUCAGAUUGUGCGUGGUGUGAAGAGCACGAACAACCGUCUCAAGAAGCUGUGGUUCCCAAUUCGCGCGUACGUGUACUACACUGGCUGUGUUGUCUGCUCCGUCCUGACCCUCUUCAUCCUGUGGAGUGAACUGACGAUGCCGCUGCGUGACUGGGUCGGUCACCCACUCGGCGUGAUUGAGCUCAUCAUGAAGAGCUCCGUCCACCUGCCGGGGUCGAUCAUCUUUCUCUUCUACAUGGCUUACUGCGCCUACUGGGCUGCCUUCCAGUUCAAGGUGUUCGACGUCUACGUGAUCUACCCCAGCAUCGCCGACAACGCCUCCCUCUGCUUCAACGAAACCUUCCUCGUGCGUCUGCUCAUGCCGCUGUGCUACAACUUUCUGCUCAUUUCGGGUUUGUCUUCCACGGCGAGCGAGACGCGUGUGGACGUCGCGUACGGGCAUGUGUACCGCAGCAACAUGGACAUAGGUCUUCUCUUCGGCUCCUACGUAAACAAGCUGCUCCCGCUCAUGAUUCCGUUCAUCGCCAUCAUCGUCUUCUUCCAACUCACGCAGCAGGUGCUGGCGUUGGUCGGGAUGGAGAUUCACAACCCGAACAACACGGAGAGUCCGGCGGUGCGGCAGCGCAUCAUUGACGGGCGGAAGCUUGUAGAGGCGGAGCUAGGCUAUCAGCUGUCGUCGCCGUUCUUGCCCGGCGAUGUCGGUGCGGAAAGUGAGCCGAGCAGCGUCCGGAGCAGCGCCGCUCGCCCGCGCGAGGACGCCGUGGACGAGCCGGAGUCUACGCGUGGGCAGCGCUACCGCGAAUACUUGAACAAGAAGCGUGAAGGGGAAGCUGCCGUGAACAGCACAAGCGUCUAA